AUGCCACAUAUCAGUGCCCAUCUGAGCUGCUUUUCAGUGUCACCCAUCAGUUCCAGUCAGUGCCACCUAUCAGUGCUGCCGAUCAGUGCCACCUAUCAGUUCCAUGCCUGUCAGUGCUGCCUAUCAGUGCCAGUCAGUGCUGCCUAUCAGUGCCACCUAACAGUGCCAGUCAGUGCUGCCUAUCAGUGCCAAUCAGUGCCAUGUAUCAGUGCUGCCUUUCAGUGCCCAUCAGUGAUGCCUGUCAAUGCCCACCAGUGCCACCUACUAGUGCCUUCUCGUCAGUGUCCAUCUGUGCCUAUCACUGCAGCCUCAUUAGCACACAUCAGUGAAGGAGAAAAAUCACUUAUUUACAAUAUUUUAUAACAAAAACUAAGAAACAACUUUUUUCUCAAAAUUUUUCAGUGGUUUUUGGUUUGUUUA